ACUUCUUGCAGGGGAUCAGUCAAGUCACCUUGUUCUCCACUCAGUUUGAGGGCGAUAAAGAGACAAACUAUGAAUCAAAUGGAUUCAGUUGGAUCUAAGAAGGAGAGCAGUUAUUUUGCUGAGCUCGCUGGAGCAGAACCGGACCUGUUCUGGCUCACAUCUCUUGGCUCUACGUACGUCGUCCUCUCGCUUGAUUUUUUUAAAAUGUCUGACAUAUCAAAGAUCAGCGCAUCAGAGAGAAAUAAAAGAGCCAUCCGGUAUCUUAAAUUAAGAGGACAGCCGCGUCUCUGGGGGUGACAGCGAGAAGGCCAAAAUGUCAUCUUGAUGUUAAACGGAUCCCACCCGGACACGGCGUGGACCAGGAAGAGAUCUUUAUUUGGAAUUUUCCUUUCCUCCGAGGAGCCUCCAGCUGUCAGCGCUUGUCAAAUCACCGACAAGCCGAGGAUGCCAAGAGGUUCUCAGUCAACAGUCUAAUUUGAAGCAGACUCAUUCCCAUAUUAAACAUGUCAAUGGAGCCGCGCUGGAGUACACAUGUUGUCUUAUUAAGAGCAGCAGAUGUGGAAUUGUCAAAAUAAGAAGAAGAAUUCUGCUUGGACUUGUGAAGGAUGAUAAAGAUGAUGAUGAUGCGGCAGCAGCGUGGCCCGCUCGAGCUCUUCAUUGCAGCAUCAGCAGCACACUGACCCAUAGCUUUGGCCCCGCCCACUCCGCCUGCGUCACAACCUAAUUGGCAGGCUGGAGCAGCGGCUUUAAAAGGCGUGCACGUCUCUCCGCCGUCCACAAGAAGACCCAACCAACAAGCACGCGCGUCUUCUCCUGGUCUUCUAUAGCCUCCCCCCGCUGCCCCCUCCCCGCCCCAGUUUGCGUCUCCUGCUCGGGCUGCAGCAUGCACUCGCCUCCGGUCCUCGUCCUGGUCCUCCUCCUCCGCGGAUGUUGCUGCACCUCCGCCGCCAGCAAGCGAUGGAGGGGGAUCUCGAAUAACGGCACGGAGCACAUAGUACAGGAGUACAGGACGCAGCAGCGCGUCACACACAACAACACAAUGAAUAAUAAUAACAACAACAGGGCGAAAACAGGUGGAAGGACAGGCAACUCCGUCACAUACAGCGCCUCGGAGCUGAGCUGCAGGGAGCUGCGUUCCACUCGCUACAUCACAGACGGAUCCUGUCGCAGCGCCAAGCCGAUGAAAGAGCUGGUGUGCUCGGGGCAGUGCAUGCCCUCGCACCUCAUGCCCAACUCAAUCGGCCGCGGGAAGUGGUGGCGGGGUGGCGCCUCGGACUACCGCUGCGUACCGGCACAUUCGCGGACCCGCCGGGUGCAGCUGCACUGUCCCACCGGCAACACUCGGACUUACAAGAUCCGCGUGGUGACCUCCUGCAAGUGCAAGCGCUUCCGGCCGCACCACAACCAGUCCGAGGCUAAGGAGCUCCCACGGCCUCCGCGCAGCAAGAAGAACAGUCGUUUGUCUCAGGAGCGGAGCAAGAACGACACGCCUUUGACAGGCAACUCGUACUGAUGCUUCCUUCAGCGUCUGAGGCCAAAGACACACAAACACACACCAGCUGACCGACACGCCGGGAGAUGCAAGAGACUUGUCACACGAGAGCGAAUUCAUAGGCUAACUGCUGGGCUGAGUUGAGACGUUUUCAGACGAUCGUCAGCGCAUUUGUGAACUUUUGCAUGACAAACCUCACAAGUCGGGGCUUGCUAUGAGGAGACAUUGCAGUGUGUCCUCCCGGACUUUGAUAUAAACGCAUCUCAAGUGUAACAAACGUCCUCCUCGGGCCCUAAAAGCCAUCUGUACAAACACAAUGCCGCACCCCUGCUUGAUUUAAGGCCGACAAGGUGUUCCGAAGGGACUACAAUCCAUCUGCUUCUGCCGAGACGGAGGCUGGCAGCUUGAGGAUGGGGGACUCUGAUGGUGAGAUGGAGACAGCUUCAGUGAGGCCCCCACCUCGUCAGUGGCCUACAGGGCCCUCGAAGGGCCUCAAUAGCCCAUGGAGGUCUCAGCCUGGAGUUCACCUACUACGAGGACAAACACCAGAGUUAGGGCAUUCCUCGGAAUUCACUGAGGCCAGCCUGGAAUGGACCAAAUCUGUAAAUAGACAUGCACGACCAAGAUGCUUCACUAUGUGCCCCGUCAUUGCCCACUCAUGUGUUCAACUAAUCCUGACAAUGUCUGCAGACUUGUUGGAUUGUUUCAGUUAGCAAGCCUUUGUCAUGUAAGCGAGUGUAAUCCCAGACUGGGAGCGAUGUGAUUUCCACAACCAAACGAAUGAACUGCAUAUUUAUUUUCUUUUUCCACAUUUAAAUUAUUUAUGCAACCUUUUGUAGUAAAUAGUAAUCGCCAUUAUUGUUGUGAUGUAGUACGAUAGAGAAAUGAUUGUACAGUACAUGAAUAAAGCCA